UGGGGGACGGAGUCAUUGAAAUGACAGCACAUCCGUGCCGGGUGCACCCCUCCAACGGAAUGAGGGGAGUUGGGUGAAAAGUAGGUCACAUGUGCCCGGUCGUAUGUCACGAGGUUUCCAACCUGAGGCCAAUGGGAUUUGUAGCCUCCUUUGGUUAGGACAAAACCCACUCUGAUUUUUCUCCUUUAGCAUUUCAUCUUCUCUAGACAAGGAGGGUGGCCAUCUGUCUGAUAGCCGCAUCCUGCCGGCCCUUCCCGACCUCCCAGAGCCGCUUUGUUCUGAGGUGACACCAUCUGGGCCCCAUCUGUCCUUCCUCACGGCGCCCUCGGCACCUUAAGCCACUACGCCCAGCCGCAUUUUGGGAGAAAGAUGGAGUCGAAGGUCUCAGAAGGCGGCCUGAAUGUGACCCUGACAAUCCGUCUGCUGAUGCAUGGAAAGGAAGUUGGAAGCAUCAUCGGGAAGAAAGGAGAAACUGUGAAAAAGAUGCGUGAAGAGAGUGGCGCAAGGAUCAACAUCUCUGAGGGGAACUGCCCGGAAAGAAUCGUGACCAUCACAGGCCCUACAGAUGCCAUCUUCAAGGCCUUUGCCAUGAUCGCCUACAAGUUUGAGGAGGAUAUCAUUAACUCUAUGAGCAACAGCCCUGCCACCAGCAAGCCUCCGGUGACGCUGAGGCUGGUGGUCCCCGCCAGCCAGUGUGGGUCCCUUAUCGGCAAAGGCGGCUCCAAGAUCAAGGAGAUCAGGGAGUCCACAGGUGCCCAGGUCCAGGUGGCCGGGGACAUGCUGCCCAACUCCACAGAGCGGGCAGUGACCAUCUCGGGGACCCCCGACGCCAUCAUCCAGUGCGUCAAGCAGAUCUGUGUGGUCAUGCUGGAGUCCCCACCGAAAGGUGCCACCAUCCCCUACCGCCCAAAGCCCGCCUCCACCCCUGUCAUUUUUGCAGGUGGUCAGGUAAGAGCCGACCCGCUCGCGGCCUCCACUGCCAACCUCAGCCUCUUACUGCAGCCCCCGCCGCUGCCCGCCUACACGAUCCAGGGACAGUACGCCAUCCCCCACCCAGAUCAGUUGACCAAGCUCCACCAGCUGGCCAUGCAGCAAACCCCCUUUCCUCCCCUCGGACAGACCAACCCCGCUUUCCCCGGAGAAAAGCUGCCUUUACACUCCUCCGAAGAAGCUCAAAAUCUGAUGGGCCAGUCGUCAGGUCUGGACGCCAGCCCCCCGGCCAGCACUCAUGAGCUCACCAUUCCCAACGAUCUAAUAGGCUGCAUAAUUGGACGCCAAGGGACCAAAAUCAAUGAAAUUCGACAGAUGUCUGGAGCUCAGAUCAAAAUUGCCAAUGCCACAGAAGGGUCAUCUGAGCGCCAGAUCACCAUCACAGGGACCCCAGCUAACAUCAGCCUUGCCCAGUACCUCAUCAAUGCCAGGCUGACAUCUGAGGUCACUGGGAUGGGUGCGCUCUAACCCUGCCCGACAGCCUCCGCUCCAUGACCCCGAUCUCCAGCCGGGUCGCACACUCUGUAUAGACCACCCACCUGCCCUUCGUCACAAAUAUAAAUAGAGGUUUUCUUUACUAACAGAAGUUAUCUAUGCCAUAGAUACACACACACCAACAGAACAGAUCUAUAUUAUAUCUCUGUGUCGGCUCCAGGUUCUGUCCCUGAUACUUCGCUCAGAAUUAAUUUAUGCUCGCGUGUUCAUGCAUUGGCAUGCACUGUUAAUUAUUUUAAAUGCUUUGGGGGUGCUCCCAUCUGUGGCAUUUUAGAAAUACUGUCCCUUAGUGUCUGUGUACCUGUUUAAGAAUUGGUUUGACAUUUUGACAGCACUUCCCACAAGCCGUCUCUCCUAGACCGCCUAGAACUGUGGUUACUUUGAACGGGUUUGCUCCCACCCAGCACCCCCCGCUGAUUCUGCCCCCCAAGCCUGUGCUCACUCGGCCCACGUGUCCACGCAGGUCUGCACUGGGGGCAGGGUGCGUCCUUCUCUCUGUUACGGGGAGGGAGAAUGGAGGACAGGGUCCUGGGCCAAGGUGCAGGCAAGGUGGGGGGUGCUGGAGUCCUGACUUCACUGAAUGGUCACGUGCUGGGGAUGCACACGUGGGCCCCCAGGCGUCUUCCGGGGUGGCUGGCCAGGAAGCGCCUCUGCACCAUGUUGUAGUUCAAUAAAUGUUGUACGCUGCCCCUCAUUGGCUCUGGCUCCUGUCUGUGCCCCCCCAGCACCGCUGGCUCGUGUGCACACACGCACACACCUGCAGAGCUCCUGCUCUGCUCACUUUGCAACAUGCAGGGCUGCUCACCAUGCUCACCUUGAAAGCCCUCUGUGCCUCUUCUGGACACAGAAGCUCUGGGUGGGACACAGGCCCACCCGUGGAUAGCCCCCACACUCGCUCAGGGCAAACAAGAAAGGCCCGAGGCUCCUGAGCAAACAUCCAGUAGCCCAGGAUGGCCUGGCCAUAUGCCUGCCUUUCAGCAGGAGUCCCUUCCUGUCUGCCCUGUGUGCCCAGGCUGCCUGGCUGCGGGUGGGUGCCCAGGGCCCAGGAGCUGGUGGGACGGACCAAGGUCCAUGGCGGACCCAGGCCUUCCUCCAGCACAGGGGCAGUGGAUGGCCAGUGGACGGGCUGAAUAAAUGUCUUAGAAAACAAAGGAUGCCACAGAAGUAGGGGAAAGCCAUGGUGGGGAGAGCGUCAGAAGUGCAGUUUUACAGGGGCAGGCAAGGUGUGGCCCCUGAGCUGAGGCGUUCCGAAGAAGAGCAAGCAAAGGUGUGUCUGGAGCUUGUGCAGGUAAAAAGAGGAGGGCAGGAGGCCCAGGAGUGGAGCCUCUAGGGCCACUGAGCAUGGGAGGCUGCAGAGACUGACGGAAGGUGGGGCUUGGGCCAGGGAGCGCUGUGUUCCAGAAGUAUCUUGAAGAAGAACUAAGGAUUGCUAACAGAUUAGAAGAGGGCUGUGAAAGAGAGGGUCCAGGUGGGCAGGAAGGCUCUUGGUCCGAGCUCUGGAAAGAUGACUUGCCAUCCAUGAGUGGCAGGCCUGCAGCAAUGGCCAGGGAUGGGAGCUCAGCUGGAACUUGGCUGGGGGUGACUAGAGACAUGGGCUCUGAGGUCUGUGAUGGGAGCACAGUCCAGGCCGCAGAGACGUGGAAGCAGCGGCCCAGGAGUGACUUGGGGAGCACUGUGGGGGGCUCCAUGCAGGACCCCCGCCAGGAAUCAGGAAGAGGGUGCCUGGGUGCCUGGCAUGUCACCGAACCCAGGGGUUGCCUGGCACCGUAAGGAGCUGGGCCCCAGGGAGUGGCCCCAAACCAUAGCAAGGAGGUGUUAGUGGGGCAGGCUCGCUCACACACACACACACAACUGCAGUGAGCAUU